GCACGUCGUUGUCGCGGGGUUCGGGCUCGGCUUGGAUGGCCGAGCCGAGCAGGACGGACGAGCAGAGCGUAGAGCCGGGCAGGAAGGACGAGCGGAGCUCUGGGCCGGGCAGGAACAUCCAAGCCCGACACUUAUUAAAUUUAUGCUGAUGUCACCCCUAGGCUGGUGUGGGGUUAUUCCCCAUCAGAAGCCCCCCACUCUCCGGGUUCCUUGGCAGCUGGCAAUGGAACGCGCGAGAGUAGAAACACUGUGGAUGGGGUGGCGCAUGGGCCCGCGUGUUGAUCGGUGGACAAGUGGUGACGUUUCGCCUUCCCAAGCAAGGUGGCGGCCCAUCAUCCAAGCCAUCAACCCAACAAAGACCCAGGCUCGUCUAGCAUCGGCGAGUCCACCGGCCAUUCCUUCAUCGCUGGAGCUGCUUCACCUUCUUCCUACCCUCCGCCGUGCCCAUGCAACUACUAGUGGAAUUGCGGCAAGCGGUACUAAGAUUAUGCGUUUCUAUGUUUUAACUCUUGUAAGGCGUGUGCGCCAUGUAUUUCCCCUUUUCCUCUUGAGGAGGACAGAGCCGAGCGCGAGUGUUGACCUUCAUCCGGGAAGAAAAUCCAGGUAUGGCCUACGCUCGUCCAUCCUUUUGAGGAGGCCAGAGCCGAGCGCGAGCAUUGACCUUCACCCAAGAAAAACAUCCGGAACAUCCGGGUAUGGCCUGCGCUCGACUUCCCUCCCCGAGGAGGAGCGCCGAGUGCGAGUGUUUGACCUCCAUCCAGGAAGAACAUCCGGGUAUGGUCUGCGCUCGGCUUCCCUCCCCGAGGAGGAGCGCCGAGCGCGAGUGUCUGACCUUCGUCCGGGAAGAACAUCCGGGUAUGGUCUGCGCUCGGCCUUCCUCCCGAGGAGGAGUGCCAAACGCGAGUGUCUGACCUUCAUCCGGGAAGAACAUCCGAUUUCCGCCCUCCAAAGUGUAUCCGGGUGCCCUAGUCCGGACCAGCUUGGCCUUUUUUUCAUCAUCCGGGAGGGCGGAAGGCGACUAUAUCGUCCAUCCAAUCUCUUUGACAAGCGACAGAUCAUUGCCACAGUGGAGGCAUGGAUGCUCGGCUCGGACAACUCUUCCACGUUCGCCAUUCGCCUGAUAUGCUCGGGCGUGUCCGAGCUCAGCUUCGAUAGGAGCGCUUCAUAUUCCACUUCAUUGUUUGAUGCCUUGAAACCGAAUCGAAUUGAGUACUAUGCUCUGAAGCCUUCGGGAGCGAUGACUACCACUCCGCCCCCCGAGUUUUUGGCGGCGGAGGAGCCGUCGGUAAAAACUAUCCACCAGUCAUUGGCUUCCGGCUCUUCCGGGCUCGGCUCCUCCCAAGCGGUGCACUCUACCAUGAAGUCAGCUAGCGCUUGGCCCUUGAUCACCGGCCUUGGCUUGAAUUCGAUCUGGAAAGCUCCAAGGAACACCGCCCACUUGGACAUGCGCGAGGGCGCGUUCGGGUUACUGAGCAGCGCACCAAUGGGCUGUUGGGAGAGCACUUGAACCGG